AUGAAUGAUGUCGCGUCCACUACAACCUGCCUGCAGAAUUUGAAAGACCUGACGGGAACCUGGCCGCCCUUGCGAAUCGGAGGCACAACUCAGGAUCGAGCAACCUUUGAUCCAUCUUUGAAUCAAGCAGUGAACUACUCUGUAGCCAGUCCAGAUGAUGCUCCAGACACACUUACCUUUGGCCCGUCAUUCGUCUCCCUCGCUUCCACCUACGCUGGAGAUGUGAUUUUGGGUCUCAAUCGUCGCCUGGAUAAUAUAUCCAACACCAUCGCCGCUGCAACUCUUGCUCAUACAAACAUGGAAAACUUAUAUGCUAUUGAGCUUGGUAACGAGCCAAACUUCUUCACAAGCAGUGAUCCCAUCGCUGAUGGGGAGUCAUGGACUGCCUCUGCCGACUACUCGUCCCAGGUAUCAUGGCAGACUGAAGUGUGCGGGAAAUUAUCUGCCUCGGACCUCAUCUCUGCGGGUGUCUACUUUGGAACCUCGCCGAUGAGCAUCGCUGGACUGACUGCUCGGGAGGGCAGCGCAAAUUCCUAUGUUAAGGACUAUUGCUCGCAUAACUAUCCGCAGUCAGCCAGUACGGCCAAUUUGUCAACCCUCAUGGGUCACAGUGAGAUUGCAUCGCAAAUCGAGCCUUUUGUCUCCGAGGUCUCCGCCGCGGCAAGUGAGGGCAAGCCGCAUAUUUUUGGAGAGACCAACUCCGCAACGCAAGGCGGAGGUGGUAUUAGUCCAACUUUUGGUGCUGGUCUCUGGAUCCUAGACUAUGUCAUGCAGACCCUUCUCAUGGGCACCGAGGCCUUGUAUUUCCACCAAGGAACAAUUGGCGAUUGCCAAUACUGCUGGUGGGGCAGGUACGACAUGGGCUCACCUUACUAUGGUGCUUAUUUUGCAUCCAUGGCGUUGGCAAAUGCAGACCAAAUUGCUCCGUUGGACGCCCAGGAUACACCAUAUGCGGCUUACGCUAUAUACAAGGCGGGUUCCCCGGCCAAGGUUCUCCUCUAUAAUUCCGAGUACUAUGCCAGUGGCACUCGACCCACACAAACAUUUACACUGACUGGUUUGUCUGCGUCUGAAGUCACAGGCAAGCGUUUGACUGCUGCUUAUGCUACUUCUCGGGUUGAUGAGGGUGAAAAUCCGACCGUUGCUGGUCAGACGUUUGAGAAUGGAACCUGUACUAUCCAGGGAACAGAAACGAUAGAGACUGCUACCGUCUCCGCUGGGAAAGCAACAUUUACUGUUGGGGCCUCGGAGGCGCUUUUGAUCUACCUUUAA